CGAGGCAAGGCACGCCGAGGCAAGGCACGCCAGUUCAGCGCGGGAGGUUUUAUGUUCUAGCCUAGCCUCGUCCCUGAAAAGGUUUAAGACGGUCUGGUCCAUGACACCAUUCGCCCAUUCGAGCCAGAAAAUUGGCCACUUCAUUAAGGAACUCGGCAGAGAUUGCCUCUUAUUUGAUAUAAAUUCCACAUUGCUAGAAAGAUCUCUUGCCCUGCACUAAAAAUACUCUCUAUGUCGCUGUUUACUACAUGUCGCUGUUUACUACUAAGCCUUUUCCUUCCGCUCUUUUCUGAAUCCAUCGCCAUAAGCUCGACGGUGGGGCGAUAAAUAAAAAAGGACAUCUUUCGAAACAGAGAUAUAGACAACCUACCUCGCCCACGGCUGCUGAUCUCUCAAACGCAGACAAACACGGCAAAGGGGUCCCUCGAAUAUAUUUGCUCACCACCUGGCGAUACGGUGACCAGAUAUGGACUCCACCGACCGCGAGCUCGCCGCCGCAGGCGCAGAUAUCCCCUCCGAGCGCCCCCCGAUGACCAGCGGCCGCCAAUUGAGCCAUGAAGCCCAAAGGAUAGGCUCCGGAUACUCUUCGAAUUCCUCCUCCUCGGAUCAGCCAUAUCCCAACCCUGUUGGUCUGAGCAGGACACACUCGACCCAGACGGACCUCGAGCGUCGCCAUAUGUCUAUAAGCCGCAUACAGACAGCGCGGACGCAGCACAGCAGCACUGUGGGGAGAGGAGUCGAGUAUAAGGAGCCCAAGAAGCCGCUGCCAAAUUUUGGGUAUGGGAAGUCUUAUCCGCCGCCGCUGCCGGCGAAGGAGGAAUAUGUCGUUGAGUUUGACGGCCCGGAUGAUCCUCUGCAUGCGCAGAACUGGCCGCUUAAGAAGAAGCUGUAUACGGCUGUGAUGCUCGGUCUUACCACGCUGACUUCGGCGUUCGCUUCCAGUGUUUUUUCGGCUGCGAUUUCUGCUGUCUCAAAACAAUUCCAUGUCGGAGAGGUGGUUGGGACACUCGGUGUAUCUCUCUAUGUUCUCGGCUUCGCUACUGGACCGACGCUGUGGGCGCCGCUGUCCGAGUUGAAGGGACGACGACUCCCUAUUCUCAUCUCCAUGUUCGGGUUCGCCAUUUUUCAAUUCGCAGUGGCCGUCGCCAAGGACCUGCAGACGGUUCUCAUAUGUCGAUUCUGGGGAGGAUUCUUCGGUGCAUGUCCUCUAUCCGUCGUUGCGGCAGUGUUCUCGGAUAUGUUUGACAAUAAAACGAGAGGACUGGCAAUCACGGUGUUCUCCGUGACGGUUUUCAGCGGUCCGCUCAUUGCCCCAUUCAUUGGAGGUUUCAUCACCGAAUCUUAUCUUGGCUGGCGCUGGACCGAGUACAUCCCUGGUAUCAUGGGAAUUGCGUGCUUCAUUCUGGAUCUCAUAUGGUUAGAGGAGACCUAUCCCCCCGUCGUCUUGAUCGAGAAGGCUGCGGAGCUUCGUCGCCGAACCAAGAACUGGGGUAUCCACGCGAAACAGGAGGAAAUCGAGCUUGAUUUCAAGGAGCUCGUAACGAAGAAUUUCAGUCGUCCUAUGCGCCUGCUCUUCACCGAGCCCAUUAUCUUCCUUCUCUCACUCUACAUGGCCUUCAUCUACGGCCUUCUCUAUCUCUUCCUGACAGCCUACCCAGUCGUCUUCCAGGGCGUCCAUGGCAUGUCGCCCGGUAUUGGCGGCCUGCCAUACUUUGGCAUGGUCAUAGGACAGCUGUUCGCUGGAGCCUACAUUUUCUACAUCCAGCCGGCUUAUAACCGCAAGCUGGAUGCGAACAACGGCGUCCCGAUUCCCGAAUGGCGUCUCCCUACCGUGGUUAUUGGAGGUGCCGCUUUCGCUAUUGGAUUGUUUUUCUUUGGCUGGACGGGAUAUACCAAGAAUAUCCACUGGAUUUUUCCCACGCUGUCGGGCUUGUUCACCGGAUUCGGUCUUCUGACAAUCUUCCUACAAUCUUUCAAUUAUCUCAUUGACGCCUACCUCAUGUUUGCCGCCUCCGCAAUCGCAGCAAACACCUUCCUCCGUUCCCUCGCAGGUGCCGGAUUCCCCCUAUUCGCUCGUCAAAUGUUCAAGGCCUUGGGAGUAAAUUGGACUGGGACACUCCUCGGAUGUGUGGCCAUGGUGCUUGUGCCAAUUCCAGCGGCUUUCUGGUACUACGGAGAGCGCAUCCGUGCAAGAAGCCCUUAUGCUCCCGCCGCUGCCCUAAACCUUGGUGAGGAUUCUCAUGACGAAGAAGAAUUGCAGGGAGAGGCCGAUUCUCAUGGUGAAGGAGCAGGCCUUGAGGAGGUCGAAAAAUCACGUAGCAGCGAACGCAAUGCUCGUACCAAUACUGGUGAUAACGCUGUGUAAAGUCUUGUCUUGCGUCGAUGCCAACUGUGUAGAAUCUGUGUUGGGGGUUCGUAUCAAGUUGUAUAAAUCGGAUGGUUAAUUUGCAGUAUGGGGUCUUUUAAUUUUGGAUACCAGUUAGCGGGCACGGCUUCGUCUUGCCAUACUUAGCAAAUUUAUAAAGAUAUUUGAUUGACAAG